ACACCCCUCACUACUAGACCACCAUGUCCGACGAUGAAAUGAACAUCGAUGAAGUCGCUGCCGGCGGUGCCGUCCGCCGUAGAGGCCGCGGCUUCCAGAACACCGGCGGGAACGACAGCACCGUCACUGCCGAGCACACGUACGACCGGGUUGAGACCUCGCAUGUGAAGGAUGAUACGCGGGCCGCACGCUCCGUCGAGGGCUGGAUUGUCUUGGUGACUAAUGUGCAUGAGGAGGCGACCGAAGAGGACGUCACCGACAAGUUCGCAGAAUUCGGAGAGAUUAAGAACCUGCACCUGAACCUAGACCGUCGGACGGGCUAUGUCAAGGGAUAUGCGCUUGUCGAAUAUGAAACUAUGGCUGAGGCACAGGCCGCCAUCGAAGGCGCGUCUAACACGCCGCUUCUGGAGCAAGCGAUCCAGUGCGACUAUGCGUUCGUUCGACCGCCACCCACGGGCCCUAAGAAGGGCAGAGGAGGCCGAGAGGGCCGAGGCAGGAGCGCGAGUCCGUCGCGUCGGAGGGGAGGGGAGUGAAGCGAAUAGAAACAGGAAUGGAGACUGGGUCUCUUGUUCCGGGUGUGUACGUCUGCUGCGCAUAUAGCCCUUUGUACAUAGCACGACCCAUAAGGUGAAAGUGCUUGAGUCUGCACCAACAAAAUACUAUACUUGCUUGGCAUUUGCUUCC